AUGGAGAAAUUUGGCAAGUGGAGAAGAGGCAACAAAGUCUACGUGCAUCCGAUCACCGGCGAUCUGCAGCAGUGCUCCCAGAAAUUGGGAUUCUACAACGAGACGUCAUGCCCAGGGGGUACGGUGUGCGAGCGGUUCCCGAUUCUCGUGCCAGGGUUUCAGGACUACUGCUGCUGGGAAACGGCCAAUUCGAGCGAACAGAAGGGGAAAGGGACCACAACGACGGAUCCCGAUGAAGAGUUCCCGUUUCCGAUCGGACGACCGGACGGCGUAGAGGUCGAGCCGAUUAUCGAUCGACCACCAGGUGGAGAGGAAGGUUUUGGCGGAAGUAUGGAGUUGCCGGAGCGGUUGUCCAGCCGGAAAAAGCCGAAGCCAGGCCGGCCAGAUCCCGACGACUACGAGCCGUACGGACCGGACGCGAUUCCGGGAAAUGGGGUGGUGGAUAUUGGAAAUACUGGAGGAGGCGGAGGCGGAGGAUCAAUAACUGGAGGCGGCGAAGAGAAUAAUGGAUACGGCGGCGAGGGAAACGGAGAGGAUUGGGAGGCGGGCGGAGAAGAGCAAAUUUUUAGACCAAUCUCCAGGCGACUGCCGAAAUGCGAAAAUCCGAGCCAUUCACCUCUAAUUGAUCGCGGGAAUCGACUACGGAAUUGUUACUAUCAACAGUGCCCCAGGGAAUUCCGAUGUGAAUUUAACAAAGACGUGUUGCGAUACAUUUGCUGCGGUUCUGAGGCCGAUGGGUUGCCGCCACCAGGGCUGCCCCCACUUCCCAACCCUCGGCCAUUGGUGCCACGACCGAUGCGGCCCAGGCCCGGGCCCUAUGGGCAGAUGCUGAGCGACCAGGACACCGACAUGAUUGACGCCGAUGCGAACCGUAGCAGCUCACCGGCGUCGGCGAGUACAAAGAAGCCGAUUCGGUUCUCGUCUCGGAAAGGACAUUUAAAGGAAAUCGCCGACGAUGGUAAAAUGCCGGCCACCAACCAGCACUAUCCAAAUGAACACGGCAUACGCCCACCCAACGACCAAGAGGACAGCGAGGAGAUGGACGGCAUGAUGCCGCCGCCCGGAAUUCAGAAUCACGAAAUUCACGAAAAUAUCCGAAGACCACCGCCGCAGAUUCACGGUGGACCACCGGCACCGCAAGAAAAGCCUACCUUCCAAGAAGAAACCUUGAUUGUUCGCGAAAUCACUUCGCGGUUC